CCACGAUUGACAGUCGCGGCCAUCCAAUCAAAAGAGAGCCUGUCCCCAGGCCCUGUGGUGGGGGGUGGUGGUGGUUUGAGACCGGGAAGCCCUGCCCUCGCCCGCGUGUGACGUCAGAGUCGCCAUGGCCAGCUAUCCGUUCGGGCAGGGCUGCCCAGGAGCUGGAGGACAAGCACCCGGAGCCCCUCCGGGUAGCUACUACCCUGGUGGAGGGCAGUAUGGCAGCGGGGUACCCCCUGGUGGUAGUUAUGGAGGAGGCCCUGCCCCCGGAGGGCCUUAUGGACCACCGGCUGGUGGAGGGCCAUAUGGACACCCCAGUCCUGGGGGGCUCCCCUCUGGAGCUCCGGGAGGACCAUAUGGUGGUGCAGCCCCAGGGGGCCCCUAUGGUCAGCCACCUCCAAAUUCCUACGGUGCCCAGCAUCCUGGGCCUUAUGGACAGGGACCUCCUCCAGGUGGCGUCCCUCCUAACGUGGACCCUGAGGCUUACUCCUGGUUCCAGUCCGUGGACUGCGAUCACAGUGGCUACAUCUCCAUCAAGGAGCUGAAGCAGGCUCUGGUCAACUCCAACUGGUCCUCGUUCAAUGAUGAGACGUGCCUCAUGAUGAUAAACAUGUUUGACAAGACCAAGUCAGGUCGCAUUGAUGUCUACGGUUUCUCAGCCCUGUGGAAAUUCAUCCAGCAGUGGAAGAACCUCUUCCAGCAAUAUGACCGGGACCACUCGGGAUCCAUUAGCUACACAGAGCUGCAGCAAGCUCUGUCCCAAAUGGGCUACAACCUGAGCCCCCAGUUUACCCAGCUCCUGGUCUCCCGCUACUGCCCGCGCUCUGCCAGUCCUGCCAUGCAGCUCGACCGUUUCAUCCAGGUGUGCACGCAGCUGCAGCUGCUGACCGAGGCCUUCCGGGAGAAGGACACCGCUGUGCAGGGCAGCGUCCGGCUCAGCUUCGAAGACUUCGUCACCAUGACAGCUUCUCGGAUGCUAUGACCCAUCCCAUCUGUAGAGAGUGGCAUGCGCCAGGGGACCUUUCCUGACUCCUUAUAGUGGGAGAAGCAUGUGGGCCUCUCCUUUUCCUGCCCCUCCUAGAAAAACAUUCUCCUUUGCCUGCUGUAGCACGGUUCCCUAAGAGGGCUAGGAGUCCUGUGCCAUAGCCACCAAAUAGUGGGGUCCUGGGCCAAGGCCACACAGGUAGGGGCCUGACCUAGGAGAGGACGAAGUGGCACAGCCUUGCAGCAGGAGCAGGAGAUGCCAGUCAUUGCAGUGGAGUUAGUGUCUAGUCGGCUGGGCUCCAGCCUCUAGCUUUCCCUUCUGUGCCCCGACACCAGUGUUGUGUUCAUUGGCCCCUUCCCGUUGGUACCUGUGUUCCCUCGCCCAUGCUGUCCUGUCAGAUGAACCCAGUUUUUCCAAAGUGGAAUCUGAUGAAGCAUGAGAGAGAGUUUCCCAGGGGACCAGUGGCUUGGAUCCCACCAGCCCCACCCAUCUGUAUGUGUUAAUUUCUGGCUGCCUGGGGACUGUCCCAGCUCUGGGAGCUUGGACAGUCUGCUCUCUGGGCAUCUUGGGCCAGGCUACUGCCCUCUGCAGCUCAGACCCCUCACUUGCCCACCAUUCUCUGCGUCCCAAUGCUUCAGUCCCCAGGGGACAGUUGUCACCUCCCACUGCCAAUGCUUUUUUUUUUUAAUUUGUUUUUUUUCAUUUGGGGCCAAAAGUUCAGUGAAACUGUAAGCUUCAAUAAAAGGAUAAAACGCUGUUCCACA